AUGGCGCCCAAAUCCAAGUUUGAGCUCAAGACCCCGAAGGGCACCAAGGAUUGGUUCGGCAAGGACAUGAUCAUUCGCGAGAAGAUCUUCUCGCAAUUGAAGGAUGUCUUCCAAAAACACGGUGGAAUGGAGCUUGAUACCCCUGUUUUUGAGUUGAAGGAGAUUCUUUCAGGCAAGUACGGUGAAGACUCGAAGCUCAUCUACGACCUGGCCGACCAAGGUGGCGAGAUUACCUCCCUGCGAUACGAUUUGACCGUCCCCUUCGCACGAUGGCUCGCCAUGAACAAGGACAUCCAGAGCGUCAAGCGCUACCACAUCUCGAAGGUCUACCGUCGUGAUCAGCCCGCCAUGAACAAGGGCCGCAUGCGCGAAUUCUACCAGUGCGAUUUCGAUAUUGCUGGCACCUACGAUUCGAUGCUCCCCGACGCCGAGAUUAUUCGCAUUGUCGUCGAAGUCUUUGAAGGCCUUGGUUGGAACGGAAACUACACCAUCAAGCUCAACCACCGCAAGAUCCUUGACGGUAUUUUCGAGGUCUGCGGUGUUCCCGAGGACAAGAUCAGGACGAUAUCUUCCGCCGUCGACAAGCUCGACAAGCUGCCUUGGGCGGACGUGCGCAAGGAGAUGACUGAAGAGAAGGGUCUCGACGGAGAAGUCGCCGACAAGAUUGGCGAGUGGGUUGUUCUCAAGGGCAAGCAGGAUCUGCUCAGGAAACUGCAGCGCGACGAUAAGCUGUCUGCGAAUGCCUCUAUGAAGGCCGGCAUGUCCGACUUGGAGAUGCUCUUCAACUACCUCGAGGCUUUCGGUGCUCUGGACAGAGUGUCAUUCGAUCUCUCUCUGGCUCGUGGUCUUGACUACUACACGGGUGUCAUCUACGAGGUCGUCACAGAAGGGUCUGCGCCCGCCGCCACGCCUGGCGCGGACGACACAACAGUCAAGUCCAAGAAGAAAAGCAAGAGCAAGGAUAAGGACGAUGAAGAUCGCUCAGAUGAUCCCAGCGUCGGUGUUGGCAGUGUUGCUGCCGGCGGUCGCUAUGACAACCUCGUGGGCAUGUUCUCCGGAAAGACCCAGAUUCCGUGCGUCGGAGUUUCCUUCGGCAUUGAGAGAAUCUUCAGCAUUACCAAGGCCCGCAUGCAGGCCGAAAGCGAGGCCCCCCAAAGCACCGUGGACGUCUUCGUCAUGUCUCUGGGUUCCAAGGCCGGUCUGAUUAAGGAGCGCCUCGAAGUCUGCUCCAAGUUGUGGGAUGCUGGCAUCAAGGCCGAGUUCCUUUACAAGGUUAAGCCCAAGUUGCCCAAUCAGUUCAAGGCUGCUGAGGCCAACGCGACGCCGUUCGCUGUCAUCCUUGGAGACGAGGAGGUUCAGAAGGGCGUUGUCAAGAUCAAGGAGUUGGGUCUUCCUGAAGGCCACCCCCAGAAGGAUGGCGAGCUCGUCGACAUGGCGGCGCUCGUUCCCGAGGUGCAGAAGCGCCUGCAGAGGAAGCGCGAGUUGGACAACCUCGCCCGGGGAGCUGAAGGUCUGAGAGUUGUUGGAGGACUCAAGGGUGAGGCUGUCAAGAGCGCUUCGGCAUCUGAGGUUGGCACUACUGUCGAGAAGCCGGCCGAAGCUGUCACAGAGGAAGCGAAGCCCGAGGAGGCGAAGCCCGCAGAGGCGGAAUCAACGGAAGAGAAGCCGGCACGGAGCGCAUGA